UGCUACAGCAGCCGAACCUCAGAACCUCUCAUCCCAUUUAGUCAGUGAUAGUAUAUUUGUCCACGUGUGCAUGUUACAUUUUUUGAAAAGAUGAGUUUAUCGUUGGGGAGCGAGUUAAAUGUCUCUCCUCGCAUUCGUAUCAUUAACUUGCUGCGUUAAGGUGGUAAGUAGCGAACCGUGGCUAACGUUAGCUUAAUUAAUAACAGCAGCAACAAAACUGUCAUUUUUCUUAUUUUCUGACUGAACAAUCCAUCUAAUUUCACCCCCCCUCAUACCUCCACCUCCCCGCUGCUUUUAUAUGCAAACGUUAACUCAGUGUUUGAGUCGUGUUGUUUCAUACUUAAGACCGAGCUAGCCCGCGCAGCUAUCUGACCGCUAACGUACAGGAUCAUCGGUCACUCGGGCAACAGUCACCCAGGUAACGAUGAACAUCCUUCCGAAAAAAAGCUGGCACGUUCGCAACAAAGACAACGUUGCUCGCGUGCGGAAGGACGAGGCCCAGGCGGCAGAGGAAGAGCGCGAGGCCAAGCGUCGCGUGGAGCGUGCUGAGCAAGAGGCUCGUACAGAGUUUUUGAGAAGAAAAUCCCGAGCUGCUCUCCAUUCAGCAGGAGAACCGAAGGAUGAAGAAGCUGAUGACGAUGGUGACAAACAGAGUGGAGGAAGUAGAGCUCUGGAGCAUCUUAAUCUGUUCCCCCUCGAGGAGUCCUCAGAGAAGAAGGGGAAUGUGGAGUAUCUCAAAGACAAGAAAGACGAACAGGAGAAGCAGGAACGAGCUAUCGGCCUGCUGGUGUCUCUUGGACCCCAACCGGGGUCUGAAGUCACUCCGUGGUACAUGAAAACUGGCAAAGAAAAAGAGGAAACAAAAGAAAAAGAAGAGGGAAAAGAUAAAGAAAAAAAGAAGGGAUUAAGUGAAGAGGAGAAAGAGAAGAGAGAUCGCCGAUUGAAAGAUAGUUUGGACCCAUUGAAAGAGAUGAAGAAAAUAAUGGCUGUAAAGGAUAGAAAAUAUAACAGCAAGAAAAAGGAAAGAAGAGGCAAAGGGGAAAAGUGGAACAGUGGAGAGAGCUCCAUAGAACGGUUACGUGCCGAGCGCCUACAGAGGGAGGCGGACGAACGGAGGAGAACCCAGGCCCUCCUCGACCAGAGGAACGGCAAAGGGAAGGAGCCAGGGAAGGACACCAACGAGAGGGAGAGACCGUACAACAGCGCUUAUUUCCCAGAACUUGCUCGAAAGCGUCAAAGGCGGGACCGAGAUAGCUGGAGGGAUGAAAUAUUAAAAUCAUAAACUCUCUUUAUUGCGCCACAGUGGUCCGUGUUGGAUGGUUAGUGGACAAAGGUUUACAUCGUUUUUUCCCUAAAUGUAGCAAAUGUCAAAAAUUUAGAUGGGAAGUGUUUGGAACCACAUGAGCUGUAAAAAGGCCACUCUGCCAUUUUUCCUUUAUUUUUAUUUAUGUCCGUUGCAGUUACCUUUGUCGCCUGCAGCGUUUUGCUCGGGAUGACAUCAGCGGGGAAGAUUGUUGUCAUCACAGGGGGCUGCACACUAGGAUUGUUUAUACUAUUGUUAAGGAGAUCUUUCAUGUUCCUAAUAAUUGCGGCGUGAAGGUCAGCAUAUGAGUAAAAUAAGUCUUUCGAUAAAGAAAAAUAAACUGGAGUAAAGCUGAUACAACCGUUUGAGCUUAGUUGAUUGGUGGAAAACUUUUCUCAUUUUUCAAUUUUUUUAUAGCUCUUUUUUGCCAUAUAAGCUGAGUUUGACGUUUGGGCCCUUGGUAGGAUCAAAUAAUAAAUGUGAAGAUGUGACUAUGGGAAAUCUUGUCUGAUAACACAAUGUUUUCUGAUUUUAGUAAGAUGAAGAUUUCUUAAAAGCAGUAUAAAUGUUUUCACCAACCAUUUAUGUCACAGAAAAUCACUGCUAUAAAUACCUACUGCUAUGAUGUGGUCAUUUUAAUAUUUUGUAUGCUUAAAAAAAAACAAAUGUAGUUACAAUUCAAAAUGUCCCUGCAUCAUAUAUAUCAACUCACUGUUUUCAUAUCUGUAAAUUAUAUUACCAAUGUUGUUAAAAUACACCCAUCUGAAACAUAUUUUCAUUUUUCUGUUUUUCUUUGGUGAAAAGUUGUGUUGGGCUUACUAAAUCAUUUGUUGAUUGAUUUGAAGUUAAAUCAAUGCUUUCAACAAAAGCUGAACUUCCAUUAAAGGGCUGCUGUAUAAUCUUAAUAAACAUUGACCAUUCAAUGUUAUACCA